UAUUUUUCAACGUGAAUUGACCUAAAAUUAGACAACUAAUCUCGAGGGAGAAAGAGAAAGUGAUCAAACUUAUUAUAAGAAGAUAAAAGGGGUUUAUGCUUAUGCUUGCUUCAAGUAAAGGACUACUCAUAUGCAUCAUCAUCAUCAUACAUAGAACAUCAGGUGAUCGAUGAUUUGACUUUUGGGUAGUGGGCGUGGCAACCAUGGAUGCUUCAAGGACCUCCUCUGAAGCAGCUUUAACACUUGAAAACGACACCAUUGGCUCAAAAGUCUGCCAUUUUUUAGGCCUCAAACAAAAAUAUGGAAACCCAAAAGUUGUAUCCCUUGUUUCUUCAUGUCUUGAGAAAUCGGUUGAAAAGAACGAGCAAACUACUAAAAAAGACAUUGAUAUUACAGUUUUUCAUGGCUCAAGAGCACCUACACUCACCAUUCAACAAUACAUGGAUCGCAUCUUUAAGUACUCUCGCUGCAGUCCUUCUUGCUUCAUUGUUGCACAUAUAUACAUCGAUAGAUUCAUCCAAUCUCAAAAUAUCAUUUUGACUUCUCUUAAUGUUCAUCGUCUUUUGAUCACAAGCAUAUUGGUAGCUACAAAGUUCAUUGAUGAAGCAUUUUUUAAUAAUGCGUAUUAUGCGAAAGUGGGAGGAGUGACAACAGCAGAAUUGAACAGACUGGAGAUGAAAUUUCUGUUUGGAAUUGAUUUUCGACUGUAUGUUGACAUUUCUACAUUUGGAAGGUAUUGUUCGGCGUUGAUGAAUGUGGCUCCAGGCGAGGAGGAGGUUCAGCAGCCUGGCCUAGAGAGGAAAUCGUAUUCGUAUCGGCGUAUCGCUUCUUCUCCAAGUCCAUUAGGGCCCACGUGCCUUCUUCCAUACAAAAACAUAAUCACGGGGGAAACAAUCACAGUCCCCCACUUUGCAGUUCGAAUUGCCCUCUUCAUACUUCAAAGGGUUUUCGUCUUUGCCGGCGGAGCAAAGAGCCGCUCCGGACGGUUUUCAACAGGAGAAAACUUCAUCAGUCGCCGUUUCUCUUUCACAUCCACCACCACCACCGGUUCGUUUGAUAUGGAGUCUACUGCACCAAAUCAACUGCGCUCAAUUAAAUUGUGGCCUCCAAGUCAUGGCACCAGGCUUGUUCUUGUGCAACGUAUAGUUAAAAAUCUCACAACUCCAUCUAUUCUAUCUAGAAAAUAUGGUAUUUUAAGCAAGGAAGAAGCAGAAGAAGAGGCAAAGCAAAUAGAGUCAUCAGCCUUUGCCAUUGCAAACAAACACUUUGAAAAGGAACCUGAUGGUGAUGGAGGAUCUGCUGUACAAACUUAUGCUAAAGAAUCCAGUAAACUCAUGGUGGAAGCUGUGAAAAGAGGCCCUAAACCAAAAACAGAUCAAGAACCUGAACCCAUACCAGAUUCAGUUACACCACACCAUGAAACCUUCUUUGACAUUUCUGGAGGAAAGCGAGCCUUCAUUGAGGCAGAUGAAGCUCAAGAACUUCUAAAACCUUUAUCUGAACCUGGAAACAAAUACACAAAGAUAUGUUUUAGCAAUAGAAGUUUCGGUCUGGAUGCUGCCCGAAUUGCUGGACCCAUUUUGUCAUCUCUGAAAGAGCAGUUGACCGAAGUUGACCUAUCCGAUUUUAUCGCCGGGAGGCCAGAAGCUGAUGCUCUUGAAGUCAUGACCAUUUUUGCCUCAGCUCUUGAAGGGUCAAAUCUUAGGUAUUUAAACCUUUCAAAUAAUGCUUUGGGUGAAAAAGGUGUAAGGGCAUUUGAAAAGCUUUUAGCUUCACAAAGUAACCUUGAAGAGUUGUAUUUGAUGAAUGAUGGUAUCUCAGAGGAAGCUGCAAAGGCAGUAUGUGAAUUAAUCCCAUCAACAAAUAAACUCAAAGUCCUUCAUUUUCAUAACAACAUGACCGGAGACGAAGGGGCGAUUGCCAUUUCCGGACUCGUGAAGGAAUCACCAAUUCUGGAGGACUUCCGGUGCUCCUCCACGAGGGUUGAUUCCGAAGGUGGGGUUGCAUUAUCUAAAGCACUCGGGACUUGCCCCAAUCUGAAAAAGAUUGAUCUUCGUGACAAUAUGUUUGGAAUCGAAGCCGGAAUCGCAUUAAGCAAAGCCAUUCCAGUGUUUACUAGUCUCACCGAGGUGUAUUUUAGCUACUUGAAUUUGGAGGACGAGGGGACUUUGGCUCUUGUGAAUGCAAUCAAGGAUUCCGAUUCCCCCCUUGAAGUUCUGGAGAUGGCCGGAAACGAUAUUACAUCGGAAUCGGCUUCGGCUUUGGCGGCUGUUAUAACCGCAAAGAAAAAUACUUUGAUUAAAUUGGUUUUAUCUGAGAAUGAAUUGAAGGAUGAAGGUGCGAUAGUGAUUGCUAACUCACUUAAAGAAGAGUUUGGACAGUUGACCGAAGUUGACCUGAGCACAAACGGAAUCAGAACGGUUGGAGCUAGGGCUUUGUCUCAGGCUGUUGUGGGUAAACCAGGGUUUAAAUUACUGAACAUUAAUGGUAACUUUUUAUCGGAUGAAGGGGUUGAUAACGUGAAAGAGAUAUUCAAGAGUUUUCCUAGUGUUCUUGGUCCAUUGGACGAAAAUGACCCAGAAGGAGAAGAAUAUAAUGAUGAUGAUGAUGAUGAUGAAGAUGGUGAUGAUGCUAAUGAAGAUGAGUUGCAGUCAAAGCUUAAGGAUCUUGAAAUCAAGCAGGAAGAGUAGGAGAAGAUGGAUUCAGUAUAUUUAGAAUCUAAUCAAGAGUUGGGAUGAAUGAUAUGUUUUCUAUCUAUAUAUUAUUCAAACCUAUGAAGUUGGGUACUUGUAAUAUUAUUAUUAUUAUUAUUGCAACUCUAUUAUGACUUUUGUUGUCGUUUUAUAAAUUGAAAUUUUGUUCUAGAAAUGAAAUUUGUCAG